AUGGAAGAGACGAUGUAUUGCAGUCGUGAAUACCACAUCGUUCGCUCGCCGAUGGUCCUCGUGCUCGAACCGACAGCGUACGUCGCUGCUACACGCAGGCAGUAUAAUGUGAUAAUUGAUGGCGCUCACAUAUCGGCGGCGGUCAUUAUGGAAGAUCUCUUGGAAAUGGUCCAGAUCAGUGCUUCUCAGCCGGAUGUUCCUAAAAAGGAAGGAAAUAUAAUGGUAAUGGAGACGAGUGCAAUAACGGAUUCCGGAGACAACACAAGCAGAAAUGCUGUAGAUAACACAAACGCUGACGGCACUAAUGUCGCAAGUAACGCUACUGCCAAAACUUGCCGUGGUAAAAUUGCCGCUGUGCGUGAAGAAGCAACCGUAGAUGAGACGGACGGUCAGGAUCCCAAUCACAGAGCGACCAAUGGCUCUGGCUUCUUGGAAGACAACAAUUGUGUUGCUCCCAUCGGUGUUCCGUGGCGGAGAAGCCUUCCGGGGCCGGCGAAUGACAAAAAACCACAAGAUGCAGAGACCGGAACAAUAAAAAGGUCAUUAUGGCUUCUUAACAAGAGUAGAAGGAGUAACAGUAACCUCCGAAACUCUACUGGGGAGAAAGAUCAGGCUGCUUUACCCACAACGAAAUGCGAAUUGGAUAUGGAACGACUGAAGAAAUUUACCGACGAGCUGACAGGUAUGAUAGCGAGCGGUCCGACGGCAUCGAUGGAGAUCCCCGCGGCUUCUUCAAAAGGACGACGUGUGGCUUCGUUGCCGCCAUACAUCUCGCAGCUCAAAAAACAUCAGGUCGCUCGUCUAGCAGUGGGCCCUUGUCUGAUUGUUAUACUAGUAAUAGACAUGUGUUCCGUCAUAGAUAUGGAGGGCGUGGGCGUCUCCACGUGA